GGCUUAUCUGUCAAACAUAUUUCCAAUGGUGCAUUUGACAUUUCAUUAGCUUUUGUUCUUCACAGAUAUCAAAUGCAAUAAAAUAAAUAUCAACGCUAAAAAAUAUAUAGGAAUUAAAAAAAUAUUAUUAAAUUCGUCAUGCUUGUUUUAGUAUUGGGAGAUUUACACAUACCACACAGAUGUAGUAGUCUUCCAAGUAAAUUUAAGAAAUUGUUGGUGCCUGGUAGAAUACAACAUAUUUUAUGUACAGGUAAUCUCUGUACUAAAGAAUCAUAUGAUUACUUGAAAACACUAGCCAGUGAUGUACAUGUUGUUAGAGGAGAUUUUGAUGAGAAUUUAAAUUAUCCAGAACAAAAAGUGGUCACUGUUGGUCAGUUUAGAAUAGGUUUGUCACAUGGACAUCAAGUAGUACCUUGGGGAGAUCCAGAAUCACUAGCUUUAAUUCAAAGACAAUUAGACGUUGAUAUUUUGAUAUCAGGUCAUACACAUAAAUUUGAGGCAUACGAGCAUGAAAACAAAUUUUAUAUUAAUCCUGGUUCAGCAACAGGGGCAUAUAACCCUCUUGAUACAUCAGUUAUCCCAUCUUUUGUUCUAAUGGAUAUUCAGAGCUCAACAGUUGUAACUUAUGUCUAUCAACUUGUUGGUGAUGAAGUAAAAGUCGAACGAAUCGAGUACAAAAAAAAUUAAAAUAUGUAGGAAAAUUAAAAUGUAAGAUAUAUAUUAUAAAUCGAAAAUGGAAUUUCACAAUGAAAUUCAAGAUUAAUCUGUGUAUAAUCCAUAUAAAAUAUUACCUGUAUUACCAUUUAAGCAUUUAUAUAAAAAUUUAAAUUGUAUAAUACAUUUGAUAUAAAUAAAAUGGAAAUACAAUAUAUAAAU